CCGUUGAGCCAGACGCGCGGCCAUUGUCCAGCGCGCGCAGACAUUUGCUGUCGCCGUGCCCCUGGCUCCUUUCGAGGCUCCCCGGGGCGGCCUGGUGGAUGCCGACCCCGGCUGGGGGCCGAGGUAGCCUCCAGGAUCCGCGCGCUCGUCCCUGCCGCAGAAGCCGUGCUGGACACGGGCGCGGACGCCGGCCGGACGGGGACGACCACCCGGACGCGUUGGCCGGCGGGGGGGCGUGGCCGCGCGAGAACUCCGGGUGCGCAUGCGCAGGCCCGCAGCUCGGCUUGGGGCGUGGAGGGCUCGAGCUGGGACCGACGUAGGCCCACAGGAGUACCCUGCCGGAGGAGCACAUGGAGGAGCAGGACGAGAAGCCUCCAGCGCCCCUGCCAGCCUCUGCGCAGGACACUCAGCUGCCUCCAGAGAUCAUCGUUAAAGUGAAGAGAGAAGAUGAGGGGCCACAGGCCAGACCACCCCAGGAAGGGACGGACUUCAAAGUCGUGACUGUGGACUUCACUGGGGAAGAGGAGGCCAGUGUGAAUUCCGCCCAAAGACCCCUGGACAGGGAUGUGGUUCCGGAGAACCACAGGGACCUAAUGUCUUGGGUCUUGGCAGCAGAACUUGGAAGAGGAGAAACACCAUCGAAGGGGAACCAUUUUUAUGACUCACCCCUCACAAGAGUGAAACUGGAAAGGGUAACGAGUGAUGACCCGGGGUUAUCUCCACAUGAAGUUCAGGAUGGUAUGAACCCUCAGCAGCAGCAGCUGGGAAAACAGGAGGGACUUGGGAAGGGGGCAGCCCUGGUUCAACGGAAAGUUCAUGAAAAAGUUUGCCAAAGUGCGGAGUUGGAGGAGAAUUUCAGUCUCAUCUCACCUCAGAGGGUACCCAUAAGAAGCCAUUUUCAUAAACGUGCUUCACAAGUGGAGAAAUUGCAUCUUAAUUCUCUUGUGACGAGUCUCCAGGAGACUGAUGACUGCGGGGAACUCUAUAAAAGCCCUGCUCAAGGCAUUCACCUGAUCCAGUUUCCAAGAGUUCACGAAGACACUAAGGCCUGUGAAUGUGCUGACGCUAUCCAGUCUUUUGCCCACAGUGUGCCCCGAACUAUGCAUGAGGAAAUCUGUACGGGAGGACAGUCCUCCGAUUUGAAAGAACGUGGGCAAGCCGUGAGCCACGCCAAGCCACAGAGAACCACAGAAGAGCCCCAGUAUAAAUGCAGCACCCCCCUGCAGACAGCCACGCCCUUGGCUCCGAACACCAGAACCCAUCCCAGUGAGAAGCCGCUGGCCUGCGACCAGUGUGGGAAGAGCUUCAGCUGGAGCUCCCACCUCCUGGCACACCAGAGAACGCACACGGGGGAGAAGCCCUACGAAUGCGUGGAGUGUGGCAAGGCCUUCAGCCGGAGCUCGCACCUGGUGUCACAUCAGAGGACUCACACGGGCGAGAAGCCCUACAGGUGCGACCAGUGCGGGAAGGCUUUUAGCCAGAGCUACGUGCUGGUGGUCCACCAGCGUACCCACACGGGCGAGAAGCCCUACGCGUGCCGGCAGUGCGGCAGGGCCUUCAGGCAGAGCUACAAGCUCCUGGCACACGAGCGGACACACACUGGGGAGAAGCCCUACGAAUGCACCCAGUGUGGCAAGUCCUUCAUCCAGAGCUACAAGCUGGUGGCCCACCAGCGGAUCCACACCGGAGAGAAGCCCUUCGAGUGUGCCCAGUGCGGCAAGUCCUUCAGCCAAAGCUACAAGCUGGCGGCCCACCAGCGCAUGCACAGUGGGGAGAAGCCCUUUGAGUGCCAGCAGUGCGGGAAGGCGUUCAGCUGGAGCUCCCAGCUGGUGGCCCACCAGAGGACCCACACGGGCGAGAAGCCCUACGAGUGCGCCGUGUGCGGCAAGGCCUUCAACCGCAGCUCGCACCUGGCCAUGCACCAGCGCACUCACACGGGCGAGAAGCCCUACGCGUGCCCGCAGUGCGGGAAGGCCUUCAGCCAGAGCUACGUGCUGGUGGUCCACCAGCGCACACACACGGGCGAGAAGCCCUAUGUGUGCGGCCGCUGCGGGAAGGCCUUCCGGCAGAGCUCCUGCCUCACCCAGCACGAGCGGACCCACACUGGGGAGAAGCCCUACGCGUGCGACCAGUGCGGGAAGACCUUCAGCCUGAGCGCCCGGCUCAUUGUGCACCAGAGGACUCACACCGGGGAGAAGCCCUUCUCAUGCCAGCAGUGCGGGAAGGCAUUCAUCAACAGCACCAAGCUGCUUCGGCACCAGGCCACCCAUCCCCAGGAGACACCUUAUCUGUAGUGUGGAGACAGUUUGCGGCCCAGAGUCGAUUCCUCCUUGUAAAGAGGCGUACUUAUCUCGAGAAUAGUUAGGGUAAAGACAGUCUGUCCAGAAAUCAAUUCUGAGCAGGGAGACCUCAGAAUCACCCCGUCUUCCUUAGCAGUUCCAUAGACUGCGUCAAAUGUGGCCCUUCCAGAAUAUUCCCAUCGAAUUAGCGCCCUGCCUUGCAAGAAGCACUCAGGUGUGCUUCUAAGAGAGUGCCACUUAGAUGCUACGGAACAUUUCCCAGUAAGCUAGACCUUAUUUCCAGCAAAAAGUAAAGGAACUUGUUUAUACCACUGGGCUUGCUGAGAUGGAAAUAUUCUGUAGUUAUUAGAACCUAUGCAGGAAGAUGGGGCUUACGUGUGUCGUUUUUAUGAUGCAAAUUCCAUGGUAGUUUGUCAUCUAUUUUAGGCAGCACUUUGUAUACAUGAGGCUUUUGUUUCGAAUAGUUAAAUGGCUCUGAAAUGAAAUGCACAAUACAAGUUAAGAGUAUAGAGCGUUUCUUCUGAUCACAAGAAUUGUGAUGUGUAUGAUCAGAACCAAAAAGAAGGACCAGAGAGAUAAUACAGCAGAUAGAGCACUUACCUCACAUGAAGCUGAUCCAGAUUCAAGCCCAGCACUUCAGGUGGUCCCCCAACCCCACCAGGAUAGAUCCUUGGGCACGGAGCCAGGAGUGAGCUCUAAGCUCUGCCGGGUGUGGCCCCCAAACAAAAACAAGAACAGGAAGAAUUCUGGAUCUA